UGUCAAAGCAGUCCAGGAGGCACAUCAGGAGGGAGCGGAAGGCCUGUCCCAUCUCUGCCUUCCAUCUGAUCCCUAAUAUGAAAAGAAUAGACAUGCUGCUCCUCAAAAAUCUCCCUCUGCUCUUCUGUCUGAGCAUUGCGAGUGGAUUCCGCCCCAAUCAUGAAUCGGGUGGGAUUGAUCCAAGUGACUUCACGGAUACUGAUAUUACGGAGAUGGGGGUGCUUCGGGCCGUGGCGUGGUACAUGGAGAGGAACCCUCUGCCCGGAAAACCACCCAUGACCCCAGGACAGUUGGAAAAUAUGAAGCCACUGACUGCUACUGGACUUUUCAAGGCCUAUUUCCAAGCUGAUGUCUCUCCCAAUCGCUUUGUGAAAGCCCUUCAAGAAAUCAUCUCUGGAAAUAAUCUUGUGGAGGUCCUCCACAUGGAGGACAGCAGCUUCUUCUUCUACUGUGAAGAGAUCACUAAAAGCAUCAACCAACUCCGAAUCUUGAGGGACUCUGUGCUCUCUGGCCUCAAAGGCCAUGUGAAUUCGUCUGCUUUGGAGUCAGCUCGCCUGAGUGCUGGGAAAGCCCUCCAUGUCCUCCAGAAAUUCUACAGCAACACCAACUGGGCUGAAAUGGGCAACAGCAAGCCUUAUGAAUAUUUGUUAAACACAACCAGUCGGGCUUUUCCUGCUGCUCCAGCUUCCAAGACGACGUGUGGCAACUGUGUGAAAGAGUCAGGUGGCUGGUAUUCGUGUGAUGAAAACCUUCUAGUCAAAGACAUGCUCACAAGCGGCUACAAGUUAUCAACAACAUGCAGGACCAAACCAAGAGAUGCCUGGCUGAAGGAUGAGGUUAAGGUCCUCAUUGAUUCUACUGGGUCUGAAGUGAACUAUGCCCUGACUGGAUAUUGUUCCAGCCGCAAACGGAGAAGUGUUGCUGGAGAAGAAACUGAAGCCUCUGCCACAAGUUAUGCUAAUCCCUAUGAAGAGCUGGCUGCCUAUUCUGGUGGCUACUAUGUGAUGACCUCCAAAAGCCAGCUCUCCCAGAUCCUAGGCAUAAUGAAGCUUUCCCUGAAUGCUGCCCCAGCGAAGGUGGCUCAUAGUCGCAUGGAUGGGGCGCGGUUCUCCUUUCCUGUCGAUGAGACCCUCACAGAAAUUAGUGUCUCUGUAAAGAGUUUAACCUCCUCUGGUUUCAGCAUGACUGUGUUGCGGCCUUCAGGUGCCACAUCAGCCUCCACUGUUGUGAUCAACACAGCCAACCACAAGGUUGUGGAGGUGUCUCCUAUCCAUGAGAGGGGUUCUUGGACUGUGGUGGUUUCUCCCAGUGGCUCCUAUGAGGUGGAAAUUGGGGGCAAGAGCUUGAUGGACUUUUCUUACCAGAUUAUGCAAAAGCAGAAAGAGUAUGUGCUCCCUGUCCAAGGGCGACCAGUAAAAGGCGCAAACUACACGUUCUCCAUGAAGGUGAUGGGAGAUGCUAAAGGUGCUGAGGUCCACCGUCUGGCUUACGUUUCUGGUCAAGGAAACCCCAUUGGCUCUGUGGCUUUGAAUCAAACCUCUGAUGCUUUUGGCAACAUCUUGGCUGUUGCCCCAAUUAUCUUGAAUGCUCCAACUACCCUGCUGAUUGUAGAAGGCCUCUCUCCAAGUGGGCUUCCUUUUUCACGAGUGAGUGCUGAACCCAUCACCACGGAGUCGGUGCAGAUCUUGCCCUUGCCGGGUCAAAAUGGGACGCUGUCACCCGGGGAGACCUUGGAGCUCUCUGUCGUGGUGGUAAAUGAUGGGCCAGCCGCUUCGUUCUCCUUCAAGGUCUUGGAUGACUUGGGUCUCAUGAAGAGCUUCAGGCCAACAUCAAGCUUCUUAAAUGGAGGAGAAAACAUCACCCUCACUGCAACUUUCAUGGCAUCUGGAGAAGACAGUAGCUUUGCCUCCAGUAUCGCAACGUUCACUGCAAAGAGUGCAACAGCCCAGAACUACCUGAAGCUGCCUGUCACAGUCAUUCCUGAGACAGCCCUGGAAACAGAUGAGACCCCUCCGGUCUCCAAGCUGCUAGACUUCUAUAUGCCUUGCGUAGGCAAACUCCAGCAAAAGCCCGUCUGCUCUGGGCACAGUUGGCGCAUGAGGUUUUCUGCCAAGGAUGCUGAGAGUGCCGUCACUGUCCGAGUCAACGCAAACCCUGCCGGUCUGACAUGCAGCCCUCGAGGAACUGACGGCGACAAAGAUCUUAUCUGUCACUAUCUGUCAGACUGCUGUUCUCCUUAUGCAGAAGUCCUGAUGAGUGAUGAAAAUGGGAACACGGAGACUCUCACAAUAGACUACCGGCGCCCACGUCCCUCAGCAGCCUAAUGUAUAUUGCUUUUUGUUUGCUUAUUUCACAUGAUUUUGCCCCACUCCUUAGGCCAGUAUAGAUCAAAAGGCAUCUGUGGUAGUACAAGCUCUGUCGUCAAGUUCAUUAUUACAAUUUAUUUACAUGUCCAUAUCUCUUCCAAUGGGUUUAUAUUCAAAGGAACAAACCUAUAGUCAAACAAUCUAACCAAGACAUAUAUAGAAAGACAGAUUUCACAAAACAAAAGGACCAUAUCCUUACAAAAAUAAAACAGAAAUUUGUCUUAAUAUAAAACACUAACCUAAAACAACUAACAAACUCAUUCUAAAACAAUCAUCCUAUCUGGGUUGUUAUAGA